CGUGAGAAGGUGACCCAGGGCGGCGGGACGGCUCGAACCCCUUCCGGUCCUGCCAGCCGGGUGCUUCCGACCGGAAGGGGAGCCGUUGGGGGAGGGUGGCGGGCUGAAGGGAAGUCCCGCCUCUGCUGCAGACGCCGCCGAGCACUUGGCCGGGUCCCGGAGGGCCUGGCAGGUGAGGGUCUCGGGGUGCCGAGACCCCCAGUUCCCACCGAACGAGUUGUGCCGGCCAGGGGCGCGAGAUCCGAUUCCGGAGCUGCCAUGAUUGAAGUGGUAGCAGAGCUGAGCCGAGGUCCUGUGUUUCUGGCAGGGGAGGCGCUGGAGUGUGUGGUGACAGUCACCAACCCCCUGCCCCCUACAGCCACCUCUGCAUCCAGUGAGGCUCUGGCCUGGGCCAGUGCCCAAAUCCACUGCCAGUUCCAUGCCAGUGAGAGUCGAGUGGCACUGCCUCCCCCUGACUCUAGCCAGCCAGAUGUCCAGCCUGAGAGCCAGACUGUCUUUCUACCACACCGAGGUGAGAGGGGUCAGUGUAUCCUUUCUACUCCACCAAAAAUCCUAUUCUGUGAUCUGAGGCUAGACCCUGGAGAGUCCAAAUCAUACUCCUACAGUGAAGUGCUGCCCAUAGAGGGGCCACCGUCCUUUCGGGGCCAGUCAGUCAAGUAUGUCUACAAACUGACCAUUGGCUGCCAGCGUGUCAACUCACCCAUCACUUUACUGAGAGUCCCUCUGAGGGUUCUUGUAUUAACUGGCCUUCAAGAUGUCCGGUUUCCCCAGGAUGAGGCUGUGGCCCCAUCUAGUCCUUUCUUGGAGGAGGAUGAAGGUGGGAAGAAGGAUUCAUGGCUAGCGGAGUUGGCUGGGGAGCGCCUCAUGGCUGCCACAUCCUGCCGCAGCCUCCAUCUAUACAAUAUCAGUGAUGGCCGAGGAAAAGUUGGGACAUUUGGCAUCUUCAAAUCUGUAUACAGACUCGGCGAGGACGUGGUGGGGACCUUGAACUUAGGUGAAGGAACUGUAGCUUGUCUGCAGUUUUCAGUAAGCUUACAGACCGAGGAGCGUGUACAGCCUGAGUUCCAGCGGCGCCGGGGGACAGGGGGUGCCCCCUCUGUAUCCCAUGUGACUCAUGCCCGACACCAGGAGUCCUGCCUACAUACAACCAGAACCAACUUCUCCCUCCCCAUCCCUCUCAGUUCCACCCCAGGCUUCUGCACAGCCAUUGGUGAGACCCUGACCAUUAUGGGAGUGUCCCUGAAGUGGCGAUUGCAUUUUGAAUUUGUAACAUCCCGAGAACCAGGUCUGCUGCUCCUUCCUCCCACAGAACAGCCCGAACCUGUCACCUGGACAGGGCCUGAGCAAGUGCCAGUAGACACCUUCAGCUGGGACCUCCCCAUCAAGGUGCUGCCUACAAGCCCUACGUUGGCCUCAUAUGCAGCCCCAGGCCCCAGCACCAGCACUAUAACCAUAUGAGAUGGGCUCACUGCAGCACUGCUUUCUUCAGGAUACUGAGAACUCACCACCUGGACUCGAGUAGGGCUUGUUUUUUCCACCUGGGGGCCAAUGGUAUGGACAAUGAGAGAGGCAGGCUUUCAGCUAUAGCAUUAAUUUAUUGACUGAGAAUAAAUGGGCAGCUGCUAGUGGUUUCCCUGGAAGUGGCAGCAGUGGGCAGUCAGCAGAAGGGUGAUCAGUUGAAUUUAGCUGGAGUGGGGAGCAGGAGCCCCAGGAACAGGGGUGUUAGCUGAACCCCACUCUAGGUCGGGCCCUCUCCCUUUACAGGGCAGCCGAGGGUCAGAUUUUUGCACCAGAGAGAAUUGGCAGGUUCCUGCCUCCUGAUGUACCUCACACCCAGCGGGGAAGUCGAUGGGAUGCUGGGAUCUGGGGAACCAAAGGAUGAGGAAGGAUUAGCAUGGUGAAGGGCCACCUUUAUCCCUGCCCCACAUUCCCUUUCUCCCAACAUUCCUCUCAUUAUCUUCCUUUAGUGCCCCCCUGGUCCCCCUAACUAAGCUCUUGUCUACCAUAUUUGGAAUUUUUUGUUUCAUAGCAGGAAUAUUUCCCUCCAGAUCACCCUUACCUCCCUUUGUCACCUGAAGCCUUAUCUCUCACCCUUUUGUUGGUACCUUCAGGUUCAGCCAGCCUCCUGCUGCUCUUCCGUUCAUUCUCAUAUCACAGCAAACUAGUCAUACCCUUGCUGUCCCUCACUCACAUCAGAGCCAAUCUCCUCUGGCCAUCUUUGGUCACUUACGUAUCACAGCAGCCCACACCGAUGGGAUGCAGACAAGUGCAAUGGAAACAGUCCUUGCGGAGCCAAGAUUCACCCAGGGUGAAAUAUUUCCCUUCAUAGUGGCAGGGGGCUAGGGAAGAACAGGAAAUGUUAGUGUGGGGGAGUGGUGAUGGCAGACAGAAUUGCUGUGGUCUGCAGUGGGAGAGGGUAAGUACACACUACUGCUGUUCCUGAGCUGGAGGGAGUCUGGAUAUCCUGACACAGGAUCAUCUCUCUAAGUCCCACUCCUCCCAAUACCCUCUGUCCUCAUCCGUUUCUAAUGCCUCACCCAGCUUUACCUUGAGCUUGGAAGUAGCACUUGCUGUGGACUCCUGGGUGCUGGAGCAGCAGAGAUACCACCAAGUAGGUGAUCCCCCAUCCUCCCAAGAUCCCUGUAGCCUGUCUUGCCCAGAGCAUCCUUACAGCUGUUCCUGAAGCACAGCCCUUAGUCCCUUCUUGGCGCCUUUUGAGACUACUUUGGUCUUGCCUCCUUGGCUUUUCUUUGUUUCUCUCCUUCAGUCUUAGUUUCUAUCUGUCUUCCCUGGGCUCCUGUCUCACACCAUCUCUGUGCCCUCUGCUCUUGCAGGCUUGGGGAUGUUUAUAAAGUGAGGACCCUGGCCCCCUGCUGAGUAGAGCUGGAAAAGCUGUAACUGUGUUUCCUGAGGUGAGGGCAUGAAAACAAGAGUCUAGCUUUAACAAGCUGUGAGAGCUGAUUCAUAGCCAGGGGGAGGGAGGUGACCAUGGAAGGGGCACUGGACCAGGCACUUCCUCAGCAAGGAGGUGGGAGGGGUGAGGGCCCCCUGGUGGUCCCCAGAUCUCUUCCCUGACCUGGAGAGAAGGAAGCAUUCCGCCAUCUCCCCCCAUCCCUUCCGCAGCACACACACGCACUCCAGGGGUGUGUAUGCUGGGAUCCCUGCCUGGACCGGAGGGAGGCGUUUCCUGGGGAUGGCUAAUCCUGUGCCCCAGCCAAACCAAGGAGCUCCAGUGGGUUUCGACGGCCAGAGGCUCCAGGAGAGUGAACAGGCACCUGGAGUGGAAAAUGUUUCUCUUAGACCCUAGGGUAGUGUCUCCCUGAAGUAUCCUAAAGACAUGGCUGCCCCUCAGAUUGGGGGUAAGAGUGUCUUCCACAAGUAUCCCAGAGAUUAAUUAUCCAUUGUUCAGUACCUCCAAACAUGCAGCAGAUACAGGAUCUCCCCUGAUCUGGCAAUGGUUCUUCCAAAGAACCAUCUCUAAAUGCCCUAAUAAUAUAAGUCACUCCGGUUUGACAGAGGUUCCUCUCUUACCUCCUACAUUAUGGAACAAGGAUUUAGGAAUUUAUCCUCUGAUAUGGUCUUUGGGUUUCCUGCAGGUUCUGGACACCCCAAAUAGGUGAUGAAGAGCAUAGAUUGUAGAGUCAGACUUGGGUUCAGAUGCUGACUUCACUUAGGAGCUAUGUGGCCUUGGGCAAGUUACUUCACCUCUCUAAAGCUGUUUCCUUAUCUAGAAAUGGGGAUGGUAAUACUAAUUCAUUGGGUUAAGGGCUUAAAUGAGGUAGUGCCUGUGAUGCUGUCCCUGGCACAUAGGCCUGAGAAAAUACUAGCUACUGAGGUUGUGUUAGAGCUCAGAGACAAAAUCCUUUGACACUGAGCAGCUCUGUGCACAGCUGAGGACUUCUAGUAUGGACUUCUGCUCCUUUCACAUGCGUGCUCCAUGUCAUCCUUACCACCUCCUUCUGAAGUUGUCUCUGGAGCAUUUGGGUUUGGUCCUUGUAUUCUUGAAAUUAUAAAUACCUGGUUGCUGAUAUACCUACUUUCACUAGGUCAGUACCUUUCUCAUCAUCUUUCCUGCUAACUUUAGGACUCCUGCUUUUUCUCGUUAGGAUUCGAAUCCAUUUCUUCCCAUCCACACUCAUGUGAACUUUUAAGUUCUCCUUUCUGACUGCUCUAAUGCUGGCCAUCUCUUUAGUAUUAAUGGCUCCUUCCUUCACUUUCUUUCACUUUUCCACACUCCAAAGAUCCUUGUUCUAGCAAUUCCGUUCUACCCACAGGGCCAGUUAAUUUGGCAAUUACUCUAUUUUUCCUUUCAAGUUCCAGUCCCAUUUACUCCAAGACUGCCACUUCCUGUCACCAAAUGGAGCAGAUACAAUUAUUUCCAGCUGGCUUUUUGGGAGGGCUACCCUGCCUCUCACCUCUUCAUUGAAAAACAACUUCAUCAGUACCUCAAACUCCCUAUCUGUCCUCCUCCAAGAAGACAGCACAAGUGGAUGGAGAUGCAGACUACCACAUGUUCAUCCUCGCUGAGUUGUUGCCCUUUCUCUUGCAGAGGAGUGCUAAGAGAAAAGAAAACUCAGUGGGAGCAGGGUACCAAUUAGGCUGGCUUGGGAGAGGCAUGGCCUGGGGCUGGUCUUUUGGCUGGGGCAGUUGGAUUAGAAGCCUGUCUAGGAUAAGCGUCCAGAAGUAUUCUAUCAGUGGUCAGUAGCUUGGCUUCUGCCUUUCCGAGGGGCCCUAGCUGGAAGUCUGGACCGUAGACUGCUCCUGCAAUGGAGCCAACCCAGCAGGGGGCGGGCAGGAAUGGGGAGCAGAGGAGCAAGCAUGAAAUUGGUGGUGAGGCUGGAAGGCAAAGGGGACCUAGUGGGAAUUGUGUGUGUGAGGUAAUGGGGACAGAAAUGAGAGUUACUGUCGGUAAUGAAGGUGAGGUAGGCAUAUGGGGUAGGAGUCAGGGGGCUUCUGGAAAGUAAGGCAAGGGUUGAGCCAGGAUUCCUUGCCCAGAAGUUAGUAGGCAUUGGGCUCCUGUUUGUUGAACCUGCUUGCGUGUCUGGUGGUGUGAGCGCACGUGUGCAUCUGUGUAGCUUCUUGAGGCCACAGGCCGCGCUUGUGGUAGGGGUGUGUGGUGUGUGUGUGGGGGGGUAUCAGUGGUUAGGCCACAACUCGUUGGGGAUGCCAGUCAUGGGGGACGAGGCGGCUGGCGCGCGCUGCCCACGCGGGGACAAAAAACAUCCGCCGGAGGCCCGGCCGGGCGGCGUUCCAGUAGCGCCGGGCAGGUGCGCGCGGUGAGGAAGUGAGCACCUUCCGGACCCCGGCCGCCCGGCCCUCGGGUGAGUCACCGCCGACCCCCGCCUGGAUAGGAGACACCAGCAGCAGCUGAGGGGCCGGAGGCACGGCUGGCUGGGGCGGCCCCCGGGAGGGUUGAGGAAGUCCCCGACAGAGGAAGGGGGCUUCUAGGGAUCGGGCCUAGGUUUUGCCUUAGGCGCAAAACGCCUAACGAGCCCAAUGAGAAGGCUGUGACAGAAGGGAGACAGGCGGGGAGGGAGCCCCGGGGAGCUGGCGAGGAAGGGCGAGUCGGCGAGAGGAGGGGGACUGCAGAGCCCGGGCUGUUCGCUGGAGCGCGAGCCCGAGCCUGUGGGUGGAAAUGGCCAGCUCGGGCCGGGGUCGACGUCUGCCCGGAGGCCUGUGCGCUCCCACAGUGAAGGGUAGGCUUAGGCAACAGCGGAGUUAGGCUCGUUUGGGUGCAGUUGUGGCUAGAUCAUUAAAGGCUCUGAAUGCCGGGAUUCGGUUUGGCCCGGCAGGGCGAAUGGAUGGUCUCUGGGCAUGAAGAGUAGUGUGUGGCUUAAACACAAGAUUUACUGUGUCUAGCUUUACUGCCUGCCAAAGAUUUAAGCAUUGCAUUAAUGAUUUUUAUAGUCAUUUAAAGUUGCAUGACUAUCAAACGAUGUAAUUUUGUUGAAUUUUUUAAAAUAGCAAAGUUGUAAAAUUGGA